GUAAAUAACGCUUUAGAAUUACUGGUGGAAAAAAUGAACAGUUUUAAAACUCUCCGAAGUUUAAAUUAUCUUAUACUAUUUUGUAGUACCGCGUCGUCGUAACAGUCUUUAGAUGACGCUAAUCAUCCACAGAUUCGACGUUCUUUUGGUUUCCCUUAGUAAUAAAUAAACCACGGUAUUAAUUACGGGGCCUGUACUAUAGGGCACUGUGUCAAUAAAAAUCCAAUGUGACGCCUGUAAUCUUUCAGCAGGUUUACUGCAGUGCCCUGCUGCAGUGGGUGUUACAGAUGCAAUGCAUAUCGUUCCGCAUUUCGUGCCUAAGGGUUUGUCCUCAUCUAACUGCAAUUAUAAGAUUAUGACACCCUGUUUAGCUGCUUCUACCUUUAACUGCUUCAAGCAAAGUUACGGUUGUGUCUAAAUGGAGAAAAUGAAAAGUAUCCUGGUUAGAAUCAGGUGACUAUAAUUUGCGGAAACGACGUUAGCAAAAAGUCUAACUGUGUUCUGUGUAGUUGGACAGUUGACUUUAAUUACAGUAGAAUGAUUGUAAAGUUCUUGUGCCUAGUGUUACAGCAUAUUUCACUUUGGAGUCUGAAUGCCCUGCUCUAUUGCGAGUUUAUAAACUCCGUGUAUGCAGCAGAGUCACCAGAAAUAAAUGGUACCUGCUGUGGUGUGGCUUUAUGAUCUGAUUAUUGUCCUGGCAGAUAGUGCGGUUUAUGAUAUGUUUUAAGAGGCCUUCUAGCAUGUACUUACUUAUUUGUGGUUAAAAUUAGUAUGACAAGUGUAGUUAUCUGUUCUGGGUGGAGGUGGCAUUGACCUGCUGCUGCUGUUGUUGUUAAACUUGUUUCAGUGCAGUAGAGGUGACAUUUUGCAGGUGGUGGUGCUCCCAUGCAGUUUUACCAGUAAGCUGUGAGUUUCACAUAUUUCACGUUAUUGUGAAACUCAACAACAUCUAGGUUUCAAUGGAACUGCUGAUUCAUAUGACAACAGUGAAAAUCCAUGCAAUAUGAUAAUAUGAUCCAGCAGAAAGUAUUAUAUGAUGUUUCACAUAUAUAACUAAUACUUUUUUGCCUGGUUGCAGCACACAAAGCAGCAUAAGUAUAAUUUUAAUGAUAAUUUCAUUACACCAAGCUUUACCUAAAUUGUCCAGAAAGUGUUUGGAUUUGUUGUAGUUUCUAGAGGCCUGCGUACAAUAUGUGUUUACCACCAUACACUGAGUAUUGGGUGUCUGCAAAAAGACCUGACAUGCUGAGUGUUAUUAUUAGCUAACUGUCUGUUCAUAGGUUUGGAGUGCAGUAUGACUUUGGCUGGUUGUAGUAUUUUAAGGGACACAACCGUGGUGCAUUGUGGUGGUCGUAUGCAAGUCCUUUGUGUUAGAUUAUGGCGGUUGCCUGUUCACUGCAGGCUUCUUCCAUGUUCUUUAUCCUCACUGAAAGGAUUUACACCUGAGCUCUUGAAAGUAUUGUACGUAUGCGUGCCUACUGUAAGUUCUGCAAGGACUGCUGUAGCAGGACACAUAUUGAUCACCAGCGCAGCAGGUUUCAGCACACUGGGUUUGUUGUUGAGGUCACUGCUAUCGCCUGGCUUAUUAGUCCACAAAAGGAGCCAGAAGAUCUACAGGAGAAUCUCUCCUUCACUAGCAGUGAUAACAAUGCCUCAGUCAAAGUCGCUAGACAUGGGCUCUGCCUUCAUCCAGACACAGCAGCUGAACGCUGCCAUGGCCGACACCUUCCUGGAGCACAUGUGCCUGCUGGACAUCGACUCUGAGCCCACCACUGCACGCAACACUGGCAUCAUCUGCACCAUUGGACCAGCCUCACGCUCUGUGGAAACACUGAAGGAGAUGAUUAAGUCUGGAAUGAACAUUGCUCGCAUGAACUUUUCACACGGCACACAUGAGUAUCAUGCACAGACCAUCAAAAAUGUUCGUGAAGCAUGUGAAAGUUUUGAGCCUGGCAGCAUCCAGUACAGACCCAUUGGUAUUGCCCUGGACACCAAAGGCCCAGAGAUCAGGACUGGUCUGAUCAAAGGAAGUGGCACUGCUGAGGUGGAGCUGGUCAAAGGUGAAAUGAUCAAGAUCACCUUAGAUGAUGCUUACCAGGAGGACUGCAGUGAGAAAAUCCUCUGGCUUGACUACAAAAACAUAAGCAAAGUGGUGGAAAUUGGCAGCAAGAUCUACAUUGACGACGGCCUCAUGUCCCUGCAGGUUAAGGAGAUUGGCUACGAUUACGUCAUGUGUGAGAUCGAGAAUGGAGGCAUGCUGGGUAGUAAGAAGGGAGUGAACCUCCCUGGUGCUGCGGUAGACCUCCCUGCUGUUUCAGAAAAGGACAUCCAGGACCUGCAGUUUGGUGUGGAACAGGGAGUGGACAUGGUGUUUGCCUCCUUCAUUCGCAAAGCAGAAGAUGUGCACGCUGUCAGGGCUGUGCUGGGAGAGAAGGGCAAAGACAUUAAGAUCAUCAGCAAACUGGAGAACCACGAGGGUGUACGCAGAUUUGACGAGAUCAUGGAGGCCAGCGAUGGCAUCAUGGUUGCCCGUGGUGACCUUGGCAUUGAGAUCCCCACAGAAAAGGUCUUUCUUGCCCAGAAGAUGAUGAUUGGCCGCUGCAACAGAGCCGGCAAGCCCAUCACUUGUGCCACUCAGAUGUUGGAAAGCAUGAUCAAGAAGCCCAGGCCGACCCGUGCUGAAGGCAGCGACGUAGCCAACGCUGUGUUGGAUGGAGCCGACUGCAUCAUGCUGAGUGGAGAAACUGCCAAGGGGGACUACCCUCUGGAAGCAGUACGAACACAGCACAUGAUCGCACGUGAAGCUGAGGCGGCCAUGUUCCAUCGGCAGGUGUUUGAGGACCUGCGUCGUUCCACGCCAUACUGCAAAGACCACGCAGAGGCCAUUGCUAUUGGCGCUGUGGAGGCCUCCUUUAAGAGCUUGGCCUCUGCCAUCAUUGUUCUCACAGGCUCUGGAAGGUCUGCCCACCUGGUAUCGAGGUACAGACCACGUGCCCCCAUCAUCGCUUUGACUCGUAACGCCCAGACAGCCCGUCAAGCACACCUGUACCGGGGCAUCUUUCCUGUCCUUUACACCACCCCUGCCCAUGAGGUGUGGGCAGAGGACGUCGACAUGCGUGUCAACUUUGCCAUGGAUAUGGGCAAAGCCCGCGGCUUCUUCAAAGAAGGCGAUAUUGUCAUCGUCCUGACCGGCUGGCGCCCAGGUUCUGGUUUCACCAACACCAUGCGUGUGGUUCCAGUGGUGUGAAAAACCGUGAGGCCACUCUGCUUUCUCCCUUCACCUUUCAUCUAUGUUUCAUAGCUCAACAGUGCACUCCAGCUCACAGCCUUUUAAGUCUUCAAUAGAGAGUCAGAGUCUUUAGAUCGCAGUAAGCAUACAGGAAUUAAAUUUAAAAAAAAUUUAAAAAACUAACCUUCAAUACAUUUCCACUUUAUCUCCAUUCCUCUCUAGAAGGUUCUCUCCAUUAAACCAGUCUUUGGAGCCUCAAAUUAACACACACAACCAGAAACUGCUGUUUAUUUGACACUUGUAUUGUCAGAAGUGAUUCAGUCCACGAGUGAAAGCUUCUUGGUUUGUGUGCAUGCGCAUAAUGGCUCAUGUUUAGGUGAUGUUGGAGCUGAGGCAGACUGAAAAAAAUGGUCUCACUCCUUCAGAAGCUGCCUCUCCUCCACAACUUCACCCAAACAGAUCCUAAUGUAGUGCUGUGUGUUCCAAGUGUUCCAGCUGCCCUUGUAUUCAAACGUAUCUGCACUCCUCGUCGACUCCAGACAAUGUUACACUCUUUGUUAUACUUUUGUGGAUCAAGUCUCGGUGUGGGACAUCCAAAUACUACUUAUAUUUUGUCUGAUUAAAGAGAAGGGUUAGCUUUGGAUGUCCGCUCCAGAGGUGUGGCGGUAGUUACUGUAUUUGUGUUAAAAUAAAUUUGUGAUAAAAUAAUGACUGAAAUCAAAGAGCACUUUUAGGGGUUUUCACAGGUGACUGGUCCAGGCCUUUGGUGCCAGUGAACCUUAAUGCUAUCCUUAGUUCUCCAUCAUUGGCCCAUCAGUGGCCCAUUGUAACUUGUGUCUAUUGUGUGUGUGUUUGUGUGCUUCAAAGUGUAACUGUAGAGUGCAAGAUCUAAUCUGAUGUAAAGGUUUUAAAAUAUAUAUAAAGAUAAAUAGGUAUAUAUUAAAUAGAGGCUCCAGAUUGUGCAACAAGACUGGCUUCCCACCAAUAAAGGAGAGAUUCACAUAUA